CUUCAUUGCAUCUGCCCGCCACGCUAGCCCACCCCUUCCCCUCGCUGACAUCGUGUUGUGGGGUGUUGUGUUGUUGUGUAGUCUACGCUCGGUGAACCAUAGCUGCUUGCAAAAACUCAGAAACACAUAGUUUAAUUAGUCAGUGAUUAAGCAUGAUCGGAUUAUUUUAUUAUUUCUGAAAAAAGGUGCAUUUCACAUUUCAUUUAUCGCCGAGCGCUUUUUGAAGAAAGAAUGGGUUGCUGUUCCGGACGAUGCAUGCUGAUAUUCAUUUGCACUCUGCAACUGUUAACAGCACUGGAGAGACAGGUGUUUGAUUUCCUGGGUUACCAAUGGGCUCCAAUCCUGGUGAAUUUCUUGCACAUUGUUGUUGUCAUCCUAGGCCUGUUUGGUACUGUCCAGUACAGACCUCGCUAUGUUGUGCUUUACCUAACAUGGACUGUGUUUUGGGUCGGCUGGAACAUAUUUGUGUGUUGCCUCUACCUUGACCUUGGCGGCCUUUCCAAGGACAGUAACUACCUCUCUCUGGGAGUGUCCUCUCAUUCCUCCUGGUGGAAGGAGAAUGCCCCGGGAUGUGACGACAGAGACCUUCCCGCCACUAGGUGGCAGAGUCUGGAGAGCCCGGCACUGAUCUCAUCUCUAGGUUGCAUGCUGGAGUAUCAGUACAUAGAGGUGCUGCACAGUGCCCUGCAACUUUUCAUAUCUCUUCUGGGAUUUGUAUACGCCUGCUACGUGCUCAGUGUCUUCAAUGAAGAGGAGGACACCUUUGAUUUCAUUGGUGGAUUUGAUCAGUUCCCUGUCUUGCAUGGCAAUGAGAAAGCAUCCCAUCUCUUUCUUUAAUACUCACUUUUGUAUCUCUACAAAUGAGGCAUCAGUCAGCCCUUCGAGAAAAACACUGACAGGACAGACUGAUUAAAAGGGAUUACAGUGAGAAAAAAACACAUUGCUCAGCAUAUAAGUAACUUUAAGGCAGACGAGACGACAUAUGGAGAUCAUCACUCGCUCCUUUCUCCACAUACAUUCACCCGGUUAAUAAAAUAGGGAUGUUGAUGCCAGCAGUCUAGGCAGGGUAACAAUUUUGCAUUGGACUGUGAGUUCAAAUUCAACCGGCGCUCAAGCGUUUACAAUUGCCCAAAACUGAGCCACAAAAUACAUGCAGAUGCAACAAAAAAUGCCCCGAAGGCAGACUUUAAAGUUUGCAUGUUCCGAGUUAUCUCUGAUGAUGGCAGAGGCAGAAUACAAGGAAGGAUGCCCCUCUCAGCUCCUGAUUUACUAUGGGCAUUUUCACAUUAAGCCAUUUUACAGCUCCACUCCCAUAUCUGGCUCCCGAGGCUUAGCCUCUUGGCCUCUCAAUGGGAGCGUGAGUCAUACACUGAAAGAUGACAAAGAGCCAUAGCUAGAGCCUCUGGUCCCAGGUCACUUGGAAGAGAACUCGGCCAGACGCUUCUGUCGAGGUGGGAUUCCCAAUGCUAGAUUCAGUAAGUAGGCCAGCUACUUAAAUGCCAUGUAUCUUUUGAUAAUUAAUGAACACAACAUUUUGGUACGAGUGUGUCAUGUACAUGUUUCUGUAUGUGUGUGUGUGUGUGUGUGUGUGUGUGUGUGUGUGUGUGUGUGUGUGUGUGUUGUCUAUAAUAGUGACUUCUGUGUGGGUGACACAUUAGAGCACACAUAGUAUAUGUUGUAAAUAGCACCAUGUGAAUCACUUGUAAAAGUGGCGUAUGGUAUAGUGAACCCUAUGGUGUGUUCAACACUGCCACCUAGUGACAGCUUGUGAAAAUAUUUUGUAUGAUAGUGCUGUGCCAAAGGGCAAAUUACCACAUUUUACAUUUCCAACAAACAUACUGGCUCCAAGGAGGUCAGAAAUGACCGUGUUUAGUCUUUACCAGGAAGUGAGGGCUUAUGGAAUAAUCUAUUCCAUACAAUGGAAUAACAUAUGUGUGUAUCCUGUAAGAAUUGAGGUAAAAGUAAAUUGCUGAUUCCUCCAGUCUAUGAUCCAGUCACACUCAUCUAUCACCAUCUGAAGAAUGGUGUAAUGGAGUUCUUUCACAUACAAAUUCAUCAUCCCAUAUGCCAAGAGAGGGUUAUUAGUGUCCUUGAAAUAUGUGUACUGAUUGUAUGUAUUCCACACUGUUCUUGUAAAGUGAUGAUGAAAACCUACUGUGAUAUUCAUGUUUUGUGUUUAAAAGGAAAAUGCAAAUAAACCAAAUGUUGAUGUCA